GAGGGAGGGCAGCGUUGGAAAGUGUUAAUCAGGAGGAGGAAAAGGCGCGCGGUAAGCGCAGCUCUUCACUCGAACGUCACUCCGGUGCAGGGGGUUAGUGAAGUGACUGUGGCGCCUGGGGACUGGAGGCACUCACUCGUCGGACUGACUUCCAGUCAGGUAUUCCAUACACUGAGCAAUGUCUCCAUUAGUGCGCUGCUGUGGCUGCUGCUCCCUCCAAAGCGAGCCGCUGCGAGCGAGGCGAAAAGACGCGGCCACCCUUCGCCAUGGACAAGCUCUCGCCAGGAGAUCCUAGGCACAGCCCGGCGUGAUUGCAGCCCCUAGGAAGCUCGGAUUAUCCAUCACUCGGGGCCAAUACGGCACAGCGAGGCAGCCUCCGGAGCUCGCGGAUCCAGCGCCUCUCCUGGUUGUUCCUGGAGCCUGGGAGCCCCCCGUGGCCAUGUCCUACCCCCAGUUCGGAUACCCCUACUCGUCUGCACCCCAGUUCCUGAUGACCACCAACUCCUUGACCACUUGCUGUGAGACCACCGGCAGGACCCUCACGGACUCUGGGGCGGCAGCCUCGGCUCAGACCCCCGUCUAUUGCCCCGUGUACGAGAGCAGGCUGCUAGCCACGGCCAGGCACGAGCUCAACUCGGCAGCUGCCCUGGGAGUCUAUGGGAGUCCCUACACGAACACGCAAGGCUAUGGCAACUACGUGACCUACGGGACGGAGGCGUCGGCUUUCUACUCCUUGAACAGCUUUGAUUCGAAGGAUGGGAGCGGAUCUGCGCAUGCGGGAAUCACCCAGGCGGCCGCAUACUAUCCAUACGACCACACGCUCAGUCAGUAUCAAUAUGACAGAUAUGGUACCAUGGAUGGAGGGACGCGGAGGAAAAACGCCACUCGGGAGACCACCAGCACGCUGAAGGCCUGGCUGCAGGAGCACCGCAAGAACCCGUACCCGACCAAAGGCGAGAAGAUCAUGCUGGCCAUCAUCACCAAGAUGACCCUCACGCAGGUCUCCACCUGGUUCGCCAACGCCAGGAGGAGGCUCAAGAAGGAGAACAAGAUGACUUGGCCCCCCAGAAACAAGUGUGCGGACGAAAAGAGACCCUACGAGGACGAGGACGAGGGAGAGGGUCAAGGGGAGAGCUUGAAGAAUGAGAAACUCGAGGAGCCGGCCAGCAAGGAGGACAAAGAGCUGGGCCUCAGCGACUUGGACGACUACGACCCGCUGGAGUCGGAGAGCUCCGAGGGCGAGCUGAAGGCUGCGGCUUUCGGCCACGCGGAGGGGGAAGCGUGCGCCACCGAGGCCUGCAAGGAUCCCUCCUCCAUGGGCGCCGGCGCCGCCCCGCUGGAAAGCCCCCUCGAGCGGGCAAAGAGCUGCCUCAAGGACCCGACGGCGGGCGCGGAGGGCUGCGAGGCGGCGGAGCUGCUGAGCGCGCGGCAGAGGAGCUGCGAGGCUAAGCCGUGUUACCAGCAGCAGCAGCAGCUCCUGGAGGCGUCCAGCAAGCCGAGGAUUUGGUCCCUGGCGCACACGGCCACCUCGCUCAACCAGGCCGAGUACCCGUCGUGCAUGCUGAAGCGCCAGCAGGGGGCGUCCAGUGCCUCUAGCGCCGCGCCGGCCCCGACGGCUGGGGGCGUCUUGGAGAGGCACCCGAAGGAUUCCCCCGUCACCAACCUCAGGAACUGGGUUGACGGCGUGUUCCACGACCCGCUCUUCCGGCACAGUACUUUGAACCAGGCCUUGAGCGGCACCGCAGUGUCUUGGGCUACCACCAAAGGCUCCCUCUUGGAGACGGGGGCCCUGGGGCGCUCGCUGGGCGGCGGCGCCACCGCCGUGCUCAAGGGGCAGCUGGCAGGCCUGGCUGCGCCCCAGGACUCUGGCAAAGACUUUCUGGCUUUCCCCAAAGCAGGCAGCAAAAUGUUCUGCUCCUAACGACCGACGCCCACCCCGUCCGCCUCCCUGGGACAGGCCGGGGGAGGGAGGCAAGACGGUGGAAUGGGGGGGGGGGGCAGACAGGCUGGGCCCCGAGGGACUGAGCGGCGGGAGGUGGAGAGACGCACGCAGAGAGAGAAAGACUUGGAGAGUUUCCGUUCCAAACCAGAGACGUUUUUUCCGUCGCAAAAACCGAGCAAGGAUUUUAAAAGUUGCUGGUAUAAGGAGAGAGAACGAAAAGACUGUCACUUGGCUGCAGCCUUAAGGGAUCAAUGUCUUCACGGUUAUUUAAGUCCAUAGCACGUUCCACUAGUUUAUAGAGCCGUCCUUCUGCGUUUACCAGGCGCGAGAUUCGAAUUCAGCUUCUUGGGGAGGGAGCUGUUUGUCUAUUCUGUUUUUCCCCCUCCCUUUUUUUUCCUUUUUCUAAAAAACAAAAAAAAAUUGAUUUGUGGCAUGCCAAUUUUAGUUUCUUCUUCGAACUUCCCUACCCCCCGCCCUCCCCUUCUCAUCGUUAGCAUCUCACCCACAAAAAAAACAGCACUUCUUCCACCGAGUUGACACCAUUGCCCGCACACGCGCACACGAAUUUGAACUUGACAAAUAAGCUAUGUCGAAAAGGUAUGUUCACUCCAAAUAAAUUGUCUGUCUCUCAGAGGUACCC